CGGCUCACAUUUCCUUGCAUGGUUGCAGUUGGUGUGUCAAUCAUUGCCUGCUUUCCAGCCAACUCCUGCAGCUCUAGGCAACAGUAGCAUCCUAGUUUCUUGGCAUCUUCCGUCGCUCGCCAUCUUCUUCUCUCCUUCUCAUUGCUGUGCUCCCAGUUGCUUUCGGGCAGCCAAGCUCUUGCUCCUGGCCAACGGCCAUUUUGUUCGCUCAUCGCCUAUCGCUCAUCGCUUAUCGGUUACCGCGUAUCGCGAGCUUAGUAGUCGCUAUCGUAAUCGACGAUGUUAAAGGAUGCGGAUGAUCCUGGUGGUGCUUCGCGGCGGGUUUCACGGCCGAGCAGCAGCAGCCAAUCAGCAGCAUGCCUGCGCUCCGUAUCUCCUGUAGUUCUCCUGUUUUAGUUCUCGAAGCCGCGGCUCCGAAUUAAAUAGGUCGCGGUUGCCGUUCUCCUGGGUUUUUUCUCCUUUUUUUUUCCGAUUCCCGCAUCCUUCGUAGCUCAUUUCCCGCGGAUCCCCUAGGACCCUGGGUCAUCCACACUUCGACUUCCGUCCUUUAUUUAAUCUCCACCGUCAAAAUGGGAAUCAAGGACAACCGUAUGAUGAUGCGCGGCCCGCAGCGGGCCCCGCGGACCGUCAUCGACCGCGCAUUGGUCAUCCUCGUCGCUCUGAUGUGGAUCGCCGUGGGGCUGACGUGGCAAGCGGCUCGCUGGAACAUUCAGAAAGCGCGGGUCGAAGCUUCUAACCCCGACCAACGCGCUCAGGCGCAGAAGGGGGACUGGUGGGAGGAAUCGAUGGCGGGACGACAGAAGGCGAAAGAAGCGGCAGCGGCGAAAGCAGCAGCGGCGAAAGAAACGGGUUACGACAGCCAGAUCACGAUCGGCAGGGGAGGCAGGGAUUACGGCGGGAUUGAUAACGGAGGGGGGGGUUCCAGGCAUGUUGUGCGUGCAGCCGUGGGAGGGGACUUGGGGGACCGGCUAUCGGUAGGCGGGGAUGAGCUCGAGGAAUACGCGCAGCAGGACGUUGCUGUAGUGGAUAACACUAAACGGAGACGGAUGAAGGCUAGUAUCGGGGACGGGCACUCAGAGCGGUCGCGGAUAUGGCAUCCGGCGACGGACGACGAGGACAUUCAGGAUGUGCCUAUAGACGUGCGGUCUAUAAAGCGGAUAAGGCGGCGCACUGAUAUGGAUGGUGAGGUGGACUGGCCGAUCGAGGUGCGAACGACGAGGAGGGUCAAGCGACGCGGGGCACAUAGUGAUAGUGAUAGCCAUGGUCAUAUUAAUAACCAUAGAGAUAGCGAUAGAGAUAGUGAAAGCGGCACUCAUGGUGCGGAGGGGGGGCUGGACGGAGAUUUGAGCGCUGGGAGUAAGAGGCGGCUUUUGGCGGUGGGGCAGCAGGAUGGUGGGGAUGGGGGAGGGGGGAAAGGAUGGGAAUGGGGACAAGUCGCGGAAAGGCGAGAGUUGCAGGGAGAAGUUGGGGGAGGGGGAGAAGGAGCAAGCGGGGGAGGGGGAGAAGGAGCAAGCGGGGGAGGGGGAGAAGGAGCAAGCGGGGGAGGGGGAGAAGGAGUAAGCGGAGGAGGGAGAUCCGAAACUGAUGUUUCGAAUGGCGGGAAAGAGCUUCCUCGUAGAGAGGAUCCUAGGGUUUCACACGACCAGGCAGACGCGAAGGGCAACGUGGCCUUGGUAGUAGGGAGGCACGUUCUUGCAGCUGGUAAAGCAGACAGCACUACUGAGUCUGGGAAGAGCGAGGGGGCAUCAAACAGUCUAGAGAAAUUGGUACAACAAGGUGGGGGAGCGGGGAGACGAAGUGGAGAAGGAGAAGGAGAUGUAGACGCGGAAAGUGGAACAGAAAGAGUGUCAAUGGAGGAACGGGAAGGGGAGCGGGAAGGGGAACGGAAAGGGGAGCGGAAAGGGGACGGGGGAGAGGAGAGAAUGGUAGAUAGGGUGGAGUGUUUGCGGGAGAUGAUUCUAGGGUUUGACACGGGUGGCAUCAAGGGGCUGGAUGAAGUGAGGGAGGAGGUGAAGGGGCGGCAUCUGGUGUUUGACUUCGAGGAGGAAGUGAGCAGCGAUGAUGUGGCUCCUGCUGCUGUUAUCAGCCGGACGCCUGAGAGGUUCUCAUUUUAAACUUGAAGGGGCAUUGGUUGGACUGUGGACACCAGAUAGGCACUCUAGUGACUUGAGGCAGCUUGGAGCGGUUUUAGACGAACCAAUGGGGAUUUUUUGCACCAGAUUUGGAUUAGAAUAUUGCAAUCCCUCUCGGUGCUCAAGCCUGGUGCGGUCAUGUCUGUAAUAUGGCAGCACUGCAUUCGGUGCUAGUUUGUGCUGUUUCGUUGUGUCUGCUGCUGCUGCAUCAUGCUAAUUUGUGCGCGUGUGUGAGUGUCCUUUGAAUUGGAUUAAGGCACGUCUGAUGCAGAAGUUGGGGUUGACUUGCAUUGCAUGUACCGCUGGAAUAUUCACCUAUGGA